AUGAGCGCGCCGGCCGGGAAGGCGUCGCGGCCGGUGGCCGCGGUGGAGCCGGCCCGGGCGGGCGGCGCGGCGGCCGCGGCGACGGGAGGGAAGGAGGUACCGAAGGUGCUGGUGGACCCGCGGACCCGGCGCAGCUUCGUGCGCGGGCGGUUCCUGGGGAAGGGCGGCUUCGCGCGGUGCUAUGAACUGGCGGACGCCGAGAGCCGGGAGGUGUUCGCGGGCAAGGUGGUGCCCAAGUCGCUGCUGGUGAAGCCGCACCAGAAGGAGAAGAUGUCCAUGGAGAUCGCUAUCCACCGCAGCCUGUCCCACCGCCACGUCGUCGGCUUCCAGGGCUUCUUCGAGGACGCCGACUUCGUCUACGUCGUGCUGGAGCUCUGCCGCCGCAGGUCGCUGCUGGAGCUGCACAAGCGGCGGAAGGCGCUGAGCGAGCCCGAGGUGCGGUACUACCUGCGCCAGACCAUCCUUGGCUGCCAGUACCUGCACAGCCACCGCGUCAUCCACCGGGACCUCAAGCUGGGCAACCUCUUCCUCAGCGACGAUAUGGAGGUGAAGAUAGGUGACUUUGGCCUGGCCACCAAAGUGGAAUAUGAUGGUGAACGCAAGAAGACCCUUUGUGGAACCCCGAACUAUAUUGCCCCAGAGGUGCUGGGAAAGAAGGGGCACAGCUUCGAGGUGGACAUCUGGUCCAUUGGCUGCAUUAUGUACACUCUGCUCGUGGGGAAGCCGCCUUUCGAAACUUCUUGUCUGAAGGAGACCUACAUCCGAAUCAAGAAGAACGAGUACACCAUUCCCAAGCACAUCAACCCCAUAGCUGCUAACCUCAUCCAGAAGAUGCUGAGGUCUGACCCUGCCACGCGCCCAACUAUCGACGAGUUGCUGAACGACGAGUUCUUCACGACGGGGUACAUCCCCAGCCGCCUGCCCACCAGCUGCCUCACCAUUGCCCCUCGCUUCUCCAUUGCUCCCAGCGGGCUCGAGCUGAAUGGCAGGAAGCCACUGACUGCGCUCAACAAAGGACCAGAGAGCCCUGCAGUAGAGAACUUGCCUGAAAAAGAAGAUGUAGCUGCUCUGCGGGAGCCAGGAGAUACUAUUGGUGGUCAUUUAGCUGAUAUGUUGCAGCAGCUGACUGCAGUCAACUCAGCCAAGCCCUCUGAGAGAGUGACAGUGAGACAAGAAGAAGCUGAAGACCCAGCCUGCAUUCCCAUCUUCUGGGUUAGCAAAUGGGUGGACUACUCGGAUAAAUAUGGCCUAGGUUACCAGCUGUGUGACAACAGCGUUGGAGUUCUCUUCAAUGACUCCACCCGUCUUAUUAUGUACAAUGAUGGGGACAGCUUGCAGUACAUUGAGCAGAACAGCACUGAGUCCUUCUUCACUGUGAGAUCCUACCCCUCUGCCUUGAACAAGAAGAUAACACUAUUGAAGUACUUCCGGAACUACAUGAGCGAGCACUUGCUGAAGGCGGGUGCCAACAUCACGCCGCGGGAAGGGGAUGAGCUGGCCCGUCUGCCCUACCUCUGUACCUGGUUCCGGACUCGCAGUGCCAUCAUCCUUCACCUCAGCAAUGGCACCGUGCAGAUCAACUUCUUCCAGGACCACACCAAAGUCAUCUUAUGCCCUCUCAUGGCUGCUGUCACAUACAUAGAUGAGAAACGGGACUUCCGCACGUACAAGCUGAGCCUCAUCGAGGAGCACGGCUGCUGCAAGGAGCUGGCCAGCCGCCUGCGCUACGCCCGCACCAUGGUGGAGAAGCUCCUCAGCUCAAAGUCUGGCUCAGCCCGUGUGAAACCUUCUGCUUAGACCUUGUUCUCAAUGGACUCAUCGUCUGUGCCAAACUGUCCCAGCUGUGGAUGGGGUAGUCCGGUGGCACCCCUGCCUGCACAGUAACCUCUGAUUGCAUUGCUGGGCUCCCACUCCUGGGUAUGGCUGCGUUGCCACAAGGAAACCCCUGACGCUAUGGGAAUGGCAUUCACUCUGACUGGUACCCAAAGGUUCCUUGCUCCCCACUCCUAAUAGAAAGUUCAUUUUUUAAAUUGCAUAUCUAGGUUUUUUUCUAACUUCUCAAAGGCAAAAGCCUGCUCAAAAACCAUCAGUCUUAUUUGAGGCUCCUGGGCCUUCUCUUGAGAGAACAAAGCAUGGGGACAGCAGAACUAUCAUGUAAGUUAUUUGUACAUGUCUGUGCUGAUGCUCUAGGCUUUUGUUUCCUCUUGUAGAAAUUCAGGUAAGAUAUUUAAGAUGUCCAAGGUGAAACUGAGUAAUUGGCCUUUUUAAUAUUGAAA